AUGACAGGCGAGGAAGUCCCCAAGAAAUGCUUCGCCGGAAUCACGGUCAACGAAGGCCCGGAUUUCAAGCUCGAAGUUCAAGAGGUCGAUGUUCCUGAGCCUGGGCCUGGUGAGCUCUUGCUAAAGCUCAAUUGUACCGGUCUGUGCGGUUCGGACAUCCAUUACAUGACCGGUGACUUGGGACUACGGCCUUCUUCAUUCGGAGUCGUUUCUACUGGUCAUGAGGGUGCAGGUGUGGUAGUCAAGCUCGGCCCUCAGGUUGACCAAAAUCAGUGGAAAGUAGGAGAUCGAGCUGGGAUUAAACCCAUUUGGAACGUUUGCCACAACUGUGAGCAAUGCUGGAACGGAAUCGAACAGUACUGUUCCCAAGCUCGACACACCGGCAUUUCGAAUACUGGCAGCUAUCAGCAAUACGUAGUCUCUCCGGCUAUCUAUACGCCAAAGAUUCCUGAUGGCGUCCCGGACGAAGUCGCCGGUCCGAUAAUGUGCUCUGCAGCCACGAUGCAUCGAGCCCUAGUAGAUUCGGGUCUGAAAGCUGGCAACUGGGUUGUGUUCCCUGGUGGUGGCGGAGGUGUUGGCAUUCAAGGGGUGCAGCUGGCCAAAACCAUGGGAAUGAGACCUAUUGUUAUCGAUGGUGGCGAGCAGAAGAAGACUUUGUGUAUAGAACAUGGCGCCGAAGAGUUCAUUGACUUCAGAGAGACUUCAGAUGUUGCUGGAACGAUCAAAAAGAUUGCGGACGGGAUUGGUGCUCAUGGGGUCCUGGUCACGGCAUGGCAAUCCUACAAAGAUUCCAUUUCGUUCCUGGGAGAUCGAGUAGGAGGCAAGGUGAUGUGCAUCGGCCUUCCUCCUGCUGAUCAGAAUGUCGUUGUUGGAGACAGCCCGACUCAUCUGGCCAUGAAGAAGAUGUCGAUUCAAGGUACGAUUGUCGGCACUCUGCAAGACAUUGCCUCUGCGUUGGAGUACGCACGUCGGGGGUUGCUGAAACCGAUUCACGAGGUUCGAGGAAAAGGGGCCUGGGCAGAGAGCGUAGACCAGCUAAAGAAUGGAAAGGUUGCCGGGCGUAUUGUCAUCGACUUCAACAAAGACUAG